UCCCACUCCUCCCCCACCCUACCCUACCCCACCCCACCCCACUCUGCCAACCCUACCGACCGAACACAAACAGCACAGGGCGACAGCGCGGGCCCGCCACCUCGCCGCCCGCCAUGGCCGGCGCUCCCCCGACGCCCGCCGAGAAGGACGCCCUCGUCUCCUCCUUCCUCGAGAUCGCCGCCGGCCAGACGCCCCACACCGCCACCCAGUUCCUCCAGAUGACGAGCUGGCAUCUCGAGGAGGCGCUGCAGCUCUUCUACAUCGACGGGGAGGCCGCGCUCGCCGGGGCGCAUCCGCCGGCCCAGUCGGCCGCCGAGGCCGCGCUGGCGGCGGCGGCCGCCGCCGCCGAGGUGGAGGAGGGGUUCAGGUUCCAUCCGCCGCCGGCAGCCGCGCUUGAAGAUGGGAUGCUGCAGGGGCUGGGGGACGACGACGAUGUCCGUGCGCCGCUGCCUGUGAGGCGCGAGACUCUCUACGGCGACACCCCAAUGAUUGUGACCCGGCCUAAUGCGACAGUUGCAUUUCGUAACUUUGAAGAGGAGGCAAGACAAUCUGCUUGGGAUUCUGAACAGAAUGCCACAUCCAGUUCUCGUGAUAAUCUGGCUUCUUUAUAUCGCCCACCUUUCGAUUUGAUGUUCAAUGGGCCAUUUGACAAGGCAAAGUUAGAGGCCUCUUCUCUAGACAAGUGGCUCUUGAUCAAUUUGCAGUCAACAGAAGAGUUCAGCUCUCACAUGCUUAAUCGAGACACUUGGGCAAAUGAAGCGGUGGCUCAAACAAUCAGGUCAAACUUUAUUUUCUGGCAGGUUUAUCAAGAUACCGGUGAGGGGAGGAAGGUCUGCACCUACUACCAUUUGGUCUCUGUUCCUGCCAUUCUCCUAAUUGACCCCAUCACUGGACAAAAAAUGCGUGGUUGGAGUGGAAUGGUUUACCCGGACAGUUUGCUGGAGGAUUUGAUGCCUUACCUGGAGAAAGGUCCAAAGGAGCAUCACGCUGCUCAACCUCAAAAACGCCCAAGGAAAGUUGACCAGGAAACCUCUAUGGUUAGGCAAGGUAAAACAGCUGUAGAGAGUGAAGAUGAAGAACUAGCACGGGCGGUGGCGGCAUCCUUGGAGGAGAACAAAGGAGCCGGAGGAUCAGGUGCCGCUGAUGAGAAGUCUAAUCCCGUGGAAGAGACGGAGCCCAGCUUGAGCGUGAAGAUCGAGUAUCCCCCUCUCCCCGAAGAGCCGAAAGUGAGCAGGGACCUUCUCUGCAGGGUGGCGGUCCGGCUGCCCGACGGUCGGAGGAUCCAGAGGAAUUUCCUCCACGCAGAUCCUAUCAAGUUGCUGUGGUCGUUCUGCUCGUCUCAGGUGGACGACGGGGAGAAGCGGGCCUUCCACUUCGGGCAGCCCAUCCCGGGCGCGGCCAUCAACAAGCUGCAGUACUCGAGCGAGCAGACCUUCAAGGAGGCCGGGCUGGCCAACUCGAUGAUCAACCUCUUGUGGGACUAGGCCCAUGUUAACAAGAUCCCACAUCUUGCAAAUCGUGCUAUUCCUUCGUGGGCUUCGUAUGUUUAGUUCUGUUUCUCGAGGAUUUUAAUUUUUCGCCUUUUUUCUUUUCACUCCCGGUGGUCGUAGACUUGGUAGGCUUGGAGCUGAAGUGUGAAAAAUGUUUCUUUCUCGUGUCGUGUCGGUCAUGUUUUGUUUAUAGACCCCUUCCCUCCUGUAGUAGGACUUGGUUCGACUUGAUGCACAUAUUAUUCAUAGCGACCGGUGCUGGUACUGACAGCUAGUGGCUUUUA